GCGUGCCAUUUGACGAGCUGAGCCAUGAGUCUUGAAGUGUGACCAAUGGCUGAGGAGGAUUCAGACGGAGAUGCGCCACCUCUGCCGGACGAGCCGCCGCCUUUGCCGGGGCCUCCGGAGGCCACGGCUGGCCAGGCUCCGCCAUCUCCAACGGGCGCGGAGCCGGCGGAGCCGGCGGAGCCGGCGGAGCCAGCAGAGGAGACCGCGCCGAGCGCAAGGCCAGCAGCUCCCAAAGGCACUCUUUCAGGCAGCGCUGUUGCUGGCGGUCACACCCCCGAGAGCAUAGCUAGGCUGCCCCCGAAGCUGCGACAGCGACUUGUUCAGCGGGGCAUUUUGAAGGAGGAGGACGUGCAGAUGGCCAUGGGCCUUGGGGCGCCGGGCCCUGGCAUCCCUCCAGCUGCUUCCCCGCCCCCAGCGACCUUGGCAAGCCCAGGGACCCCGCCAGAGCCUGUCAGUGUCCAUGGAGCUGUCGUGAAGGCCAAAGGUGCCCCUCCGCAGGCCCACGCCCCAGCGCUGGCCAUGGCUCAGCAGGCCGCUGCUGCUCGGGUCGAGGACUGGGCUCGAACCAUAGCCAUGGCAAAGUCCAUGGUGAAGGCAAGUGCAGUUGUGGCAAAGGCUCCACAGCAGGCAACUGUGGCAAAGGCUCCACAGCAGGUUUAUUCUGCGGCUCCAGUCAUCCGCACGGAUGUGAAGAGACCAGCAGAGAACGCUCAGGACAGCGAGGCGAAGCGCAAGAAGAUCGAGGGUGUAUCGCCAGCGGAUGUGCGUGCAGCAGCAGCACGAGCAGAGGGGCAACAGGCGCCCGUAUGGGUCUAUGACAAAGCGAAGCAGGAGCCAGCGCCCAGUCCGUCAAACCCUCCGGCCCCGAGCCCGGCGAACCCGGCGUCCAACGCUUCCAACGCCUCGAACGCCUCGAACGCCUCGAACGCCUCGAAUGCCUCGACCCCUCCGCCUCCGGGGCCGCCGGGGCCGGGGCCGCCGCUUCCGCCGGGCUGGGUGCGUGUGCCGCACGAGGGCGAUCAUUACUUCUGGAACACCCAGACCAAUGAGGUGACCUGGGAACACCCCGCCGAAAAGCUCUACAAGCCAAAGGCAGAGAAAAAGCCAAAAUUUACAGAAGAGCACAAGAUUCUUUGGACAGACCUGGGCAAGAUCAUUGGCAGACAAGGGAUGAACCUGAAGAUUAUCAAGGCGUCAAUUGGUUGCGACGUGCACGUCCCGCGCCAAGAGAAGGAGGAGAAGGACGGCAAGGGGAAGAAAGGGAAGAACAGCAAGGGCAAGUCCAAAGGCAAGCGAGAUGAAGAGGGUAACAAGAUCGGGCGCGGCAUAGGAGACGGAAGCACCAAGCUGAAGGAUGACCAGUUCUGCACAGUGAAAGUUACUGGAGAGACUGCGGUGCAGGCCAACGGUGGCAAGCGCUGUAUCCAGAUCAUGCUAGGAUAUGGCCGAAAUGUCGAAAGGGCUUUGGCCGAUCUUGGCGUCGAAGCCAAAAUGCCAAGCCUUGAGGCGGUUGCAGGGCAGUGCCGAGCAGCUUUAGCUCUUUUUCCUGCUUUCUGCUUCGGCAAGGAGAUGACGGAUGGCAAGUCCAAGAAGAAGGAAAGCAUUGAUCCUAUGGACCCAGCAUCUUACAGCGAUGCGCCUGUGGGAAGCUGGUCGGCUGGAUUAAAGAAGCCUGGACAGAAGGGCGGCGGGAACAGAGAUCCCAGAGACUCCAAAACUGCCAAUGCAGAACGGUUCUGAUUUCCAGCUGAGCGCAAAAAGUCUUCCUUCCGCGGCAUAAGCGGCAUAAGUGCAGGAC